CCGGACCUUCCACUUUUGAAUGACCCAAGCCGAAGUCCGGAUACCCCGCUUCCCGACGCUCGCCUGCGCCUUCGGCCGGGGACGCAAAGGAAACCAAGCCGAGCCGAGCCGUGAGACCAGAGGGGACCCCCCUGCCCGCCCCCUCCUCUUCAGAGUCCCGAAGACAAAGAGGAACCCACCCACCCACCCAGCCCGGCCGUCAGCCCAGCCCAACCCAACCCAACCCGGCCCCUCCGGGUGCUGAAAUUCCUGCGCUUUUUGGGCAACUUUUUUCUGCGGGACGGUUGCGGCUACAAAAGUUUCCGCGGAGUUUCGAGAACCGGGAGAGGCAAAAAAGUGGACACCUCCCCCCACCACCACCACUCCCCCACGCCCGCCCGCCCGCCCGCCAGCCAGGCCGAGGGGCUGAGCGCUUUCACUUUCGAGCACUUGCACUCUUAAGCCGGGCGCUUUUUCCUCCCGUCUCCGGUGCCUCUUCGCGUUUUGUUCUUUCUUCUUCUUCGCUUUCCCGCAGCAAGUUCGGAUCGCGCGCACCACCACCCCGCAACCCCCGGGAUUGCCGGAACCCCGCCGCCAUGAACAGCAACAGCUACUACGAGCAGCCCCCCCAGGGCUACUACCAGCCGGGCGAGGAACCCCAGCAAGAGGAGAUGCCGGCCACGGAGAAAGACCUGGCGGAAGACGCGCCCUGGAAGAAGAUCCAACAGAACACCUUCACCCGCUGGUGCAACGAGCACCUGAAGUGCAUCCACAAGCGCAUCGGCGACCUGCAGAAGGACCUGAGCGACGGGCUGAAGCUCAUCGGCCUCCUGGAGGUGCUCAGCCAGAAGAAGAUGUACCGCAAGUACCACGCCCGCCCCAACUUCAGGCAGAUGAAGCUGGAGAAUGUGUCGGUGGCGCUGGAGUUCCUGGACCGGGAGCACAUCAAGCUGGUCUCGAUCGACAGCAAAGCCAUCGUGGACGGCAACCUGAAGCUCAUCCUGGGGCUGAUCUGGACCCUCAUCCUCCACUACUCCAUCUCCAUGCCCAUGUGGGAAGACGAGGAUGAGGAGGACGCCAAGAAGCAGACGCCCAAGCAGCGUCUCCUGGGCUGGAUCCAGAACAAGGUGCCCCAGCUGCCCAUCACCAACUUCAACCGUGACUGGCAGGACGGCAAGGCCUUGGGAGCGCUGGUGGACAACUGCGCCCCGGGCCUGUGCCCAGACUGGGAGACGUGGGACCCGAGGCAGCCGGUGGAGAAUGCCCGUGAAGCCAUGCAGCAGGCGGACGACUGGCUGGGGGUCCCUCAGGUAAUUGCCCCCGAAGAGAUUGUGGACCCCAACGUGGAUGAGCAUUCGGUCAUGACCUACCUCUCGCAGUUCCCCAAAGCUAAACUCAAACCCGGAGCCCCCCUGAACUCCAAGCAGGUCAACCCCAAGAAAGCCAAGGCGUAUGGGCCUGGUAUCGAACCCCACGGAAACACGGUGCUUAAGCCAGCCCAUUUCACAGUUGAGACUGUCGAGGCUGGCUUGGGAGAAGUGUUGGUGUACAUCGAAGACCCCGAGGGACACACGGAAGAGGCCAAAGUGGUUGCCAACAACGACAAGAAUCGGACUUACUCUGUCUCCUACGUGCCCAAGGUGGCUGGCUUACACAAGGUCACUGUCCUAUUUGCGGGCCAAAAUAUCGACCGGAGCCCCUUUGAAGUCAACGUGGGCAUGGCGCUCGGGGACGCCAGCAAAGUGACCGCCCGUGGACCAGGCCUGGAGCCCGUGGGAAACGUGGCCAACAAACCCACUUACUUCGACAUUUACACCGCAGGGGCGGGGGCCGGUGACGUGGGGGUUGUGAUCGUGGACCCCCAGGGACGCCGGGACACCGUGGAAGUGGUCUUGGAAGACAAAGGCGACAAUAUUUUCCGUUGCACCUAUCGGCCCGUCCUGGAGGGUCCUCACACCAUCUACGUGACCUUCGCGGGGGCUCAGAUCCCCAAAAGCCCCUUCACAGUCAACGUGGCGGAAGCGCCGCCUCCUGUCCCCCCGCCCGGCGUCUCCCCCAUUCAGAUCAUCCCUCAAUCCGUCUGUACCCCGCCCGCCGAUGCCAAGAAAAUGCCACCCCCCACACUGCCCAAGCCGCAUAAACCAACUUGCAGCCCAAACGCCUGCCGGGCCAUGGGCCGGGGUCUCCAGCCGAAGGGGGUGCGCGUGAAGGAGGUGGCGGAUUUCAAGGUUUACACCAAAGGAGCCGGCACAGGGGAACUCAAGGUCAUGGUCAAGGGACCAAAAGGAACAGAGGAGCCUGUGAAGGUACGAGAUGUCGGCGAUGGGGUUUAUGAGUGUGAAUAUUACCCCAAAGUGCCUGGAAAGUACGUGGUGUCGAUUACGUGGGGUGGCCACGCCAUUCCGAGGAGUCCCUUCGAAGUGCAGGUGGCACCUGAAGCCGGGUUGCAGAAGGUUCGGGCCUGGGGCCCCGGGUUGGAAACCGGCAUGGUGGGCAAGUCUGCGGACUUCGUUGUGGAGGCGAUUGGCACCGAAGUGGGCACGCUGGGGUUCUCCAUCGAGGGUCCCUCGCAAGCCAAGAUCGAGUGCGACGACAAAGGAGACGGUUCGUGCGACGUGCGAUACUGGCCCACCGAACCGGGCGAUUAUGCCGUCCACGUGAUUUGCGAUGAUGAGGAUAUUAAGGACAGCCCGUUCAUCGCCCACAUCCUGCCGGCCACCAACGAGUAUUUCCCCGAGAAGGUCAAAGCCUUCGGUCCCGGGUUGGAGCCGGUGGGCUGCAUCGUGAACAAACCGGCCGAGUUCACCAUCGACGCCCGAGGGGCCGGGAAAGCGGCCCUGAAGAUCUAUGCUCAGGAUGCCGAAGGCGUUCCCAUUGACAUCAAAGUCAAGGACAAUGGCAAUGGGACCUUCUCCUGUGUCUACGUCCCCACCAAGGCCAUCAAACACACCAUCAUCAUCAGUUGGGGAGGCGUCAACAUCCCCAAGAGUCCAUUCCGGGUGAGUGUCGGAGAAGGUAGCCACCCCGAUAAAGUCAAGGUGUAUGGUCCUGGAGUGGAGAAGACUGGGCUGAAGGCCAGCGAACCCACCUACUUCACUGUGGACUGCAGCGAGGCUGGCCAAGGAGACGUGAGCAUCGGGAUCAAGUGUGCCCCUGGUGUGGUGGGCCCAGCAGAAGCCGACAUCGAUUUCGACAUCAUCAAGAAUGACAACGAUACCUUCACUGUGAAAUACACACCUCCAGGCCCUGGGCGUUACACCAUCAUGGUGCUCUUUGCCGGUCAGGAAAUCCCCAUAAGCCCUUUCCACAUCAAGGUGGAUCCCUCGCACGACGCCAGCAAAGUGAAGGCCGAGGGGCCUGGCCUCAAUCGGACAGGCGUGGAGGUUGGGAAGCCCACUCACUUCACCGUUUUCACCAAGGGAGCAGGCAAAGCCAAGCUGGACGUCCACUUUGCCGGUGCCACCAAGGGCGAGGUGGUGCGUGACUUUGAGAUCAUCGACAAUCAUGAUUACUCCUACACGGUCAAGUACACAGCUGUGCAACAGGGAAACAUGGCAGUGACGGUGACCUACGGCGGCGACGCCAUCCCCAAGAGCCCCUUCCCGGUCUACGUAGCGCCCCCUCUAGACCUUGGCAAGGUCAAAGUGCAAGGACUCAACAACAAGGUCGAUGUGGGUCGGGACCAAGAAUUUACGGUCAACACGCGAGGAGCCGGUGGCCAAGGACAGUUGGACGUGAAGAUCAGUUCGCCCUCCCGCCGGCCCAUUCCUUGCAAGAUGGAGACUGGGGCCACCAACGAUGUCCACUCAGUGAAGUACAUGCCACCUGAAGAGGGUCAGUAUAAAGUGGACGUCACCUACGAUGGGAAUCCUGUGCCCGGAAGCCCCUUUGCCGUCGAGGCAGUGAUGCCCCCAGACCCAACCAAGGUGUGUGCCUAUGGGCCUGGCCUGAAGGGGGGCUUUGUGGGCAAACCUGCCCCUUUCACCAUCGACACCAAAGGAGCCGGGACGGGCGGGCUGGGCUUGACCGUGGAGGGUCCCUGCGAAGCCAAGAUCGAGUGCCAGGACAACGGCGAUGGCUCCUGCUCGGUCUCCUACUUGCCCACGGAGCCCGGCGAAUACACCAUCAACAUCCUCUUCGCCGAAACUCACAUCCCAGGCUCCCCCUUCAAGGCGGACAUCAAGCCCGUCUUUGACCCGACCAAGGUGACGGCCAGCGGGCCUGGUCUGGAGCGUGGCAAGGUGGGCGAGGUGGCCACCUUCACCGUGGACUGCUCCAAGGCGGGCGACGCCGAGCUAACCAUCGAGAUCAUUUCCGAUUCGGGCGUCAAAGCCGAGGUGCUUAUCCAGAACAACAGCGACGGCACCUAUAGCAUCACGUACAUUCCUUCCUUCCCGGGCACCUACACCAUCACCAUCAAAUACGGCGGGCACCACGUGCCCAAAUUCCCAGCCCGGGUCAACGUGGAUCCCGCCGUGGACACCAGCAACGUCAAAGUCUUUGGGCCUGGCGUGGAACCUCGAGGGGUCCUGCGUGAGGUCACCACGGAGUUUACGGUGGACGCCCGCUCUCUCACCAAAACGGGGGGCACCCACGUCCAAGUGCGGGUCAUUAACCCUUCGGGGGCCAAGACGGACACCUACAUCACCGACAACGCGGACGGCACCUACCGGGUCCAGUACACCCCCUUUGAGGAUGGAAUGCAUCUGGUAGAAGUAACCUACGAUGACGUGCCGGUGCCCAAAAGCCCCUUCCGGGUGGGCGUCACUGAAGGCUGUGACCCCAGCCGUGUCCGUGCCUACGGCCCCGGUCUCGAAGGGGGUUUGGUGAACAAAUCGAACCGCUUCACCGUGGAAACCAGGGGCGCAGGGACCGGGGGUCUCGGCUUGGCCAUCGAAGGCCCCUCGGAGGCCAAAAUGUCCUGCAAGGACAACAAAGACGGCAGCUGCAGUGUGGAAUACAUCCCCUUCACGCCCGGGGAUUAUGAUGUCAACAUCACCUUUGGUGGACGGCCCAUCCCAGGGAGCCCCUUCCGUGUUCCUGUCAAAGACGUGGUUGAUCCCAGCAAAGUCAAAUGCUCGGGACCCGGAUUGGGGGCCGGUGUGAGAGCUCGGGUCCCCCAGACCUUCACCGUCGAUUGCAGCAAGGCUGGGCUGGCCCCUCUGGAGGUGAAGGUGCUGGGACCUUCAGGGGUGGCUGAGCCUGUGGAGGUGCGUGACAACGGAGACGGCACACACGCUGUGAAAUACACACCGGCUACAGACGGACCGUACACCAUCUCUGUCAAGUAUGCCGGGCAAGAGGUGCCCCGCAGCCCCUUUAAGAUACGGGUCCUUCCUGCUCACGAUGCCAGCAAAGUACGGGCUAGCGGUCCUGGACUCAAUGCCUCGGGCAUCCCUGCCAGCCUGCCGGUAGAGUUCACCAUCGACGCCCGUGACGCCGGUGAAGGGUUGCUCACCGUACAGAUCCUGGACCCUGAGGGCAAACCCAAGAAGGCCAACAUUCGGGACAACCGAGACGGAACCUACACGGUCUCCUACGUUCCAGACAUGACAGGCCGCUACACCAUCACCAUCAAAUACGGCGGCGAUGAAAUCCCCUACUCGCCUUUCCGCAUCCACGCCAUACCCGCUGGAGAUGCCAGCAAGUGCCUGGUGACAGUGUCCAUCGGAGGCCACGGACUGGGAGCAUGCCUUGGUCCCACCAUCCAGAUUGGAGAGGAGACGGUGAUCACAGUAGACGCCAAGGCAGCUGGGAAGGGCAAAGUGACCUGCAAGGUCUCCACGCCCGAUGGGGCCGAGCUGGAUGUCGACGUGGUGGAGAACCACGAUGGGACCUUCGACAUCUAUUACACGGCUCCCGAGCCUGGCAAAUACGUCAUCACCAUCCGUUUUGGAGGCGAGCAGAUCCCCAACAGCCCCUUUCACGUGGUGGCUUGUGACUCCAUUCCUCAGGUGGAGGAGCCCUGCGAAUCCAACCAGCUUCACCAGCCCUUCCCGGUGCACCACCCUGGUGGCUUCCCUCCACACUGGGCCACGGAUGAGCCCGUCGCCCCGCCGGAGAGCGUGGAUGCCAUGCUGCGGCCCUUCAACCUGGUCAUCCCCUUCGCCGUGCAGAAGGGAGAGAUUACAGGGGAGGUCAGGAUGCCUUCAGGCAAGACGGCGCGUCCACACAUCAUGGACAAUAAGGAUGGGACGGUGACCGUGAAAUAUGCCCCCACAGAGAAGGGGCUGCACGAGAUGGACAUCAAAUACGACGGCAACCACAUUCCAGGGAGCCCCCUCCAAUUUUAUGUGGACGCCAUCAACGCCCGCCAUGUUAGCGCCUACGGACCUGGGUUGAGCCACGGCAUGGUCAACAAACCCGCGACCUUCACCAUCGUCACCAAGGACGCCGGCGAAGGAGGCCUGUCCCUGGCCGUGGAGGGCCCGUCCAAGGCCGAAAUCACCUGUAAAGACAAUAAAGAUGGUACCUGUACAGUUUCCUACCUGCCCACGGCUCCCGGCGACUACAACAUCAUCGUCCGUUUUGAUGACAAGCACAUUCCGGGCAGCCCCUUCACUGCAAAGAUCACAGGGGACGAUUCCAUGCGCACCUCCCAGCUGAACGUGGGCACUUCCACCGACGUGUCACUGAAGAUCACGGAGAGCGAUCUGAGCCUCUUGACCGCCAGCAUCCGGGCCCCAUCUGGGAACGAAGAGCCCUGUUUGCUCAAGCGCCUGCCCAACCGCCAUAUCGGGAUCUCCUUCACCCCCAAGGAGGUUGGGGAGCACGUGGUGAGCGUCAAGAAAAGCGGCAAACACGUCACCAACAGCCCCUUUAAGAUCAUGGUGGGACAGUCGGAAAUUGGCGAUGCCAGCAAGGUUAAAGUCUCCGGUAAAGGGCUGGUGGAAGGACGCACCUUCGAGAUGUCCGAAUUCAUCGUAGACACCCGGACCGCAGGCUACGGGGGUCUCGGCCUCUCCAUCGAAGGUCCCAGCAAAGUGGACAUCAAUUGCGAAGACAUGGAAGAUGGUACCUGUAAAGUCACCUACUCGCCUACCGAGCCCGGAAAUUACAUCAUCAAUAUUAAGUUUGCCGAUAAACACGUGCCAGGAAGCCCCUUCACUGUGAAAGUGACCGGAGAAGGACGGAUGAAGGAGAGCAUUACUCGCCGGCGGCAGGCGCCCUCCAUCGCUACCGUGGGCAGCACCUGUGACCUGAACCUCAAGAUCCCAGGGAAUUGGUUCCAGAUGGUCUCGGCCCAGGAGCGUCUGACUCGCACUUUCACGCGCAGCAGCCACACUUACACGCGCACCGAGCGGACGGAGAUCAGCAAGACGCGCGGCGGGGAGACCAAGCGCGAGGUGCGGGUGGAAGAGUCCACGCAAGUGGGCGGGGACCCCUUCCACAACGUCUUCGGCGAGUUCCUCGGCCGCGAGAGCCUCGGCUCCUUUGGCAGCAUCGCCCGGACCCAGGAGGGCGAGGGCGGCAUCCAAGCCAUGACCGCUCAAGUCACUAGUCCCUCGGGAAAGAUGGCCGAAGCGGAAAUCAUCGAGGGAGAUGACAGCGCCUACUCGGUGCGCUUCGUGCCCCACGAGAUGGGCCCCCACACCGUGAACGUCAAAUAUCGGGGGCAGCACGUGCCCGGCAGCCCCUUCCAGUUCACCGUGGGGCCGUUGGGCGAAGGGGGCUCCCACAAAGUCCGAGCAGGAGGGCCUGGCCUGGAGAGGGGCGUGGCCAGCGUGCCAGCUGAAUUCAGCAUUUGGACCCGGGAGGCCGGGGCCGGGGGUCUCUCCAUUGCGGUGGAGGGGCCCAGCAAGGCCGAGAUUGCCUUUGAGGACCGGAAAGACGGUUCCUGCGGAGUCUCGUACGUGGUCCAAGAACCAGGCGACUACGAGGUCUCCAUCAAAUUCAACGAUGAACACAUCCCAGACAGUCCGUUUGUGGUCCCCGUGGCCUCGCUCUCGGACGAUGCCCGACGCCUGACUGUCACCAGCCUCCAGGAAACGGGUCUGAAGGUGAACCAGCCGGCUUCGUUCGCGGUGCAGCUUAACGGGGCCCGGGGCGUGAUCGAUGCCAAGGUCCACACGCCCUCCGGCCUGGUGGAAGAAUGUUACGUGUCCGAGCUGGACAGCGACAAAUACGCCAUUCGCUUCAUCCCCCACGAGAACGGGGUCCACUCCAUCGACGUCCGGUUCAACGGACGGCAUGUCCCGGGCAGCCCCUUCAACAUCCGCGUGGGGGAGCAGAGCCAAGCGGGAGACCCCGGGCUCGUCACGGCCUACGGACCAGGUCUGGAGGGAGGAACCACAGGGGUCUCCUCUGAGUUCGUUGUGAAGACCCGAAACGCCGGCUCUGGGGCCCUUUCGGUCACCAUCGACGGGCCCUCCAAGGUGCAGAUGGACUGCCAGGAGUGCCCCGAGGGCCACAAGGUCACCUAUAUGCCCAUGGCGCCUGGAAGCUACCUCAUUUCCAUCAAGUACGGGGGUCCCCAGCACAUCGUCGGCAGCCCCUUCAAAGCCAAGGUCACAGGUCCCCGCCUGUCCGGUGGGCACAGCCUCCACGAGACGUCCACGGUUCUGGUGGAGACGGUCACCAAAGCCACCUCCACGGUGGGUGGCAGCUACAGCGCCCUACCCAAGUUCUCCUCGGAUGCCAGCAAGGUGGUUGCCCGGGGCCCUGGCUUAACCAAGGCUUUCGUGGGCCAGAAGAACACCUUCACCGUGGACUGCAGCAAGGCAGGCACCAACAUGUUGAUGGUGGGGGUCCACGGGCCCAAGACCCCCUGCGACGAGGUCUACGUCAAGCACAUGGGCAACCGGGUAUACAGCGUCACCUACACCGUCAAAGAGAAGGGAGACUACAUCCUCAUCGUCAAAUGGGGGGACGAAGGCGUGCCCGGCAGCCCCUACCAAGUCAGCGUGCCCUAGGAGGGGGAUGCAGCCCCCCGACCGCCUCCCUCCCUUGGCCCCACCCUCCCCUGCCCAGAACUGGCACCACCCUCGACGACGUGCCCACCCGUGACCAAGGCGGGGCGAGGGAGAAGGCGUAACCGUCGGACAUUCGCUUGCCUCGUUGAGUUGGACUUUGGCGGAUUUGAGGAUUUCUCCAGGCGGAUCGGGGACCGGGAUGGGGAGUUGGGGGGAGGGGGGAGAGGGGAAGGGGGAGAGGGUGGCAGGGAUGGGAGGGGAAAUGCCCUUUGAGCUGGGGAGGGUGCAGGGGGCCCAGUGAGUCCGGUCUGGGAAAGGGGGAGAGGAAGGGAAGUUGUCGUACGAAUCGAGGAUGCUUACAAGAGACACGUGGGCACCUUUGUCCGGUAGGCCUGCCCAGGAGGUUUCUCCCUCCUUGGCAUUAAUUUGGAUUUACCCAAAACCACAACCGCAAAAAAAAAAAAGGGACUAGUCCUCAACCUGCCCUGCGGGGUCAAUCUAUAUGACCUUAACCUGGCCUUUACUUGGGGAAAGUUGACUUUUGGUGACGUUGUAAGAAGAAGCGAAGGAGGAAGUGGAAUCCCGGGAGUGGCUCCCAAACUCCUGCCAAAUUUGAGGGGGGGGGCCAAGGGGGGGACUCAAGCGCGCCCUUCCCCCCCCUCAAGGCGCAAUCAAGGGAUGUUGAGUGAAGAGCGCAAAGAGAAAAAUAAGCGUGAGUGCUGGUCUGUGAGAGGAGAACACAAAAUGCAGCUCGGCAGUCCCAGCAGCCUUUUUUUUUUUUGGAGCACGUACGGUUAAGACUGUGGGCUGGCUUUUGGAUUCGAAUCCAGAGCCUAUUCUGUUGAAACACAGCAAGGGCUUGAAACUUUUUAAAGCGGCCGCCUCUUUUUCCUGGAGUCACACAGUCCUCUGCUGGAUUCUAGGGGGGAAAAAGGAUGUGGCUGCUUUAAAAGGCACUAAGGGGAAGGAGACCCCAACACAACUUCCAAGAAUCAAAUCCGAAGUAUAGGACAACUCUCUUCUUCCCACACCGUUGUUCAGCCGGUUGCGUGUCACUGUGAAGGACCCAGCUCAUGCCAAAGAGAUUUUGGGUGGUGGUUGUUUUUUUU